AUGAGCCCCCCAUCAGAGAAAGUGAUUCCAUCCGAGACGGAUGAAGAGAGUGGUGAGUAUCCCUUUCUGGUCGACUUUGAAGGACCUGAUGAUCCUCUCCUUCCGCUUAACUGGUCCAUUACGCGGAGAGUUUGGGUCACUUCAGUGGUGGCUAUCCUGAAUCUCAUUGGAACGGUUGCCAGCAGCAUCUUCGAGACUGGCAAUGAGACAUUCAUGCAAGAGUUCAACAUUAGCCAUGAAGUCGCCGUGCUGGGGACGAGUUUAUUUUUGGUAGGCUACAUAUUUGGUUUCCUCACCUUCGGUCCUCUCUCCGAGCGAUUCGGUCGUAAAUGGCCCAUGUUACUAGGAAUCACCCUCUCCUCGCUCUUCGACUUGAUGCCUGCCCUUGGGCACAACCUGGCCACCAUCUUGCUUGGUCGUUUCUUCGGCGGGUUAUUUGGCGUCGCACCAGUCGCGAUAUUCGGCGGCGUCGUGAGUGACUGCUGGCCCAUGGCCCAUCGCGGGAUUGCCAUGGCAUUGGCAGUGUCACUCGUAUUCUCCGGACCUACGUUUGGUCCUGUCUUUGGAGGAUUCAUCAUGUCCUCUCCAACCCUCGACUGGAGAUGGAACAUGUGGGUGGUCAUCAUCGUGGGACUGGGAGCCUCGCUGCUAUGCGUUUUCGCCUUUCCGGAGACGUAUGCACCGAUGAUUCUGCGAAAGAAGGCGCAGGCACUUAGGAGGAAGACAGGUAACUUUAAUCUUAAGACUGCGUCGGAUGAGAAGUGGAUAAGUCUGGAGGAGAUCACGAGGGUUUAUCUGAUUCGGCCUUUUUGGCUCUUCACCACGCAACCCAUCCUCGCCCUCCUUACCCUCUACCAAUCCUUCAUUUACGGCAUUCUCUUCCUGUUCUACCAGACCUACCCCAUCGCAUUUGGCGAAGACCGCGGCUGGCCCACAGCCCUCAAAUACCUCCCCCUCAUGGCCAUCAUCUGCGGUGUCUUCGCUGGCGCCAUCGGCAUCAUUAUCCACAACCAAGUCCACUUCCGUCACCAUUGCCAUGCCCCCGACGGUAUCACCUUCAUCCCCGAAGCCCGUCUGCCGCCCAUGAUCGUCGGCGGCAUCAUGGUCCCCAUUGGUAUGUUCUGGUUUGCAGGCACCGCUACGCCGGCCACCAUUCCCUGGCCCAGCGCCAUCUGUGCGAGUUUCUUGAUUGGCUGCGGCAUGUAUUUGCUCUUCAUUCAGGGGUUUAAUUACAUCGUGGAUAACUAUACCAGUAUGGCGAAUAGUGCCAUGGGGGUCAAUGGGUCCAUGAGGAGUAUUUUUGGGGCAGUGUUUCCGCUGUUUGCUAAUCAGAUGGUGAAUGGGCUGCGGGUACAGAGGACGACCAUCGUUUUGGCGGCGAUUUGUGUGGCUUUGGUGCCGGUGCCGGUUUGCUUUUGGUAUUGGGGGGACAGGAUUAGGAAGUGGUCGUCUGCGAAGGUUCCUGAUAAUUUAUGA